AUGGCGCAGUGGGAGUUAUUACAGGAGAGGAGCUGUCAGAAAAUAGCGUCUAAAGCUUCAAUAUCAGUGGAAGCUUUAACCUGUCCUGUGUGCUGUGACAUCUUCAGGGAUCCUGUUGUUCUGUCAUGUAGUCACAGUGUGUGUAAAGUCUGUCUGCAGGAGUUCUGGAGUAAAAAAGGAUCACAGGAGUGUCCUGUCUGUAGGAGAAGAUCAUCAAAAGAGGAACCUCUUAAUAACCUGGCUCUAAAGAACCUGUGUGAGACUUUCUUACAGGAGACAAGUCAGAGAUCCUCAUCAGGGUCUGAGGAGUUCUGCAGUCUGCACAACGAGAAGUUCAAACUCUUCUGUCUGGAGGAUAAACAGCCUGUGUGUUUGGUGUGUCGGGAUUCAAAAAACCACAAAAACCAUGAAUUCUGUCCAGUAGAUGAAGCUGCACAUGAUAACAGGGAGAAACUGAAGACUGCACUGAAGCCCUUACAGGAGAAACUGGAGAUCUUUAAAAAAGUCAAACUGACUUGUGAUAAAACAGCAGAACACAUUAAGACUAAGGCUAAACACACAGAGACACAGAUUAGGGAAGAGUUUGAGAAACUUCACCAGUUUCUGCGAGAUGAGGAGACAGUCAGGAUAACUGCACUGAGAGAGGAAGAGGAGCAGAAGGGUCAGAUGAUGAAGAAAAAGAUUGAGGAGAUGAGUAGAGAGAUCUCCUCUCUCUCAGACACAAUCAGAGCCAUAGAAGAGGAGAUCAAAGCUGAGGACAUUUUGGUCCUUAAAAACUUUGAGGCCACAAAGAAAAGAGCCCAGUGCACACUGCAGGAUCCACAGAUGCUUUCAGGAGCACUGAUCAAUGUGGCAAAGCACCUGGGCAACCUGAAGUUCAGAGUGUGGGAGAAGAUGCAGGACAUUGUUCAAUACACUCCUGUGAUUCUGGAUCCCAACACUGCUCACCCAAAAAUCCUGUCUGAGGAUCUGACCAGUGUGAGAUACAGUGAUGAGACACAGCAGAUUCCUGAUAAUCCAGAGACGUUUGAUUUCUAUCUAUGUGUUCUGGGCUCUGAGGGCUUUAACACAGGGACACACUGCUGGGAUGUUGAUGCUGGGGAGAAUACAUACUGGUCCUUGGGUGUGACCACAGAGUCAAACCAGAAGAAGGGAAAGACAUUCUUUAAAACUGGUGUCUGGCGUGUUCAGUUAUAUGGUGGUAAAUACUGGUCACAGGCCUCAGGAGAGUCAUCUGCUCCACUGACAGUGAAUAAUAAACUCCAGAGGAUCAGAGUGGAACUGGACUGGGACAGAGGAAAACUCUCAUUCUCCGAUCCUCUAAAUAACACACACCUACACACCUUCACACACACUUUUACUGAGAGAAUGUUUCCAUUCUUCUAUAAUCGCUGUAAACUCUCUCCUCUGAGGAUCUUACCACCAGUGAAAUGUUGUGUAACAGUGAAACAGGACACUUAG